AUGGCAAGCAUUGAAGAAAAUACGAGUAGUCAAUCUAGCAUUAGAAAGACGCUAGAGCGAGUCAAUGAARCUUUAAGAGAAAUAAGGAUGGCAAAGAUUCUGAAAGACAAAGAGCAAGAUACAGCAUUUAUACACAGGAUAAAGCAAAAGGAAGACGAAGGCAAUAGUUCAAACGAGGAUGACAGCGACGGCGGUUGGGAUACAGACCUUGAAUGUCCUUCUGAAAUAGAAGAAAAGCAGAGACCAAGAAGACAAAGUUUUGACUUGGCCGGGAAAGCAGCGUAUCUUCGAGCCUGUAGAAAACUGAAUGUUACACCGAUCUCUUCUUUACUUCAAAAUAUGGAAAAUAAGGAMAUUUUUCUAGCCCAUCAUGGUAUUGGACCACAAGGAGCGAAAGCUUUGGCGAAGGCAUUAGCAAAGAGCACUACGGUCGAGAAGUUGAACUUGGAAGAGAAUGGUAUUCAGGAUCAAGGAGCAGAGUAUUUUGCUGUAAUGUUAAAAGAAAAUUGUUACAUAACCGAGCUAAACUUGGCGGGAAACGCACUCAAUUCUCGUGGUGCAGUUGCUAUGAGUAACGUGAUGACCGAAAACAUCUACCUGAGAAGACUGGAUUUAUCUUUUAACGAAUUCAAUGACAGAGACGCGACUUCAUUAGCCUAUGGACUAAAGAAGACCGCAACCCUAAAACAUCUAAGGCUCAGCCACAAUUCUUUUUGUGAAACCGGGGGAGAAAUCUUAGCUAAGGGGAUUGAAGACAACGACUCACUGGAAACCUUGGAUUUGAGUUGGAAUCAUUUAAGACUGAAAGGCGCGAUAGCUAUUUGCAAGGCAAUUGGAGAAAACAUAUCAUUAGCGUCUCUAGAUUUGUCAUGGAAUGGCUUCGCAGACGAAGGUGCCGCAGCUAUGGGACAAGCUCUUAAGAAGAACAACACCCUGACUGAACUUGAUCUCAGCCACAAUCGAAUAACUAAACGAGGAGCCUUGGAACUCGCAAAGGGACUGGAGAAGAAUAACACUCUUCGUCUUCUUAGAAUGGGUUUCAAUUUUCUGGAAAGAGCUGGAUCAUUUGCUCUACUUCGCGCAAUGAAAAACAAUGCUGAAACAGAGAGCGAAGAGCUGCACGUAAACAACGUUAUUCUUGGAAAAGACCCAACAGAUUUACCUGAAGACUUCGAAAUCAACCAUCAAGAAUUUCAGAUUGCUUUUGAAAAUACUCCCUUAGAAAAAAGCCUGCGAGGAAUAGAAGAUGGUGAAAACAAGAAGAAGAAGACGAAACAUGCGCUGCUUCAAAUCGUAAAGAAUUAUUUGAUAGAAAAACGCCUCAGAGCUGUCGACUUGUUUAACAGUAUGGACAAAGACAAAUCAAAAGCAAUCGAGCCAGAUGAAAUGUUCAAAGGUUUGAAACAAGCCCAAGUGCCACUGAGCGAUGCACAGAUACACAAGUUUAUUGAACUGCUGGACAAAAACUGCAAUGGCGAAAUCGAUUAUCAAGAAUUUGCAGCAAUUCAACUCACGUUGUUUAGCUCUAUUAGGCCCUAUGUGCCUGCCAUAUAUUUAGGCGCGAGGAGGAUAGAAUUAAAUGAAUUUGUAAGAAAUCUAGUUAUGCAGUCAUUAAAUUUGAAUGUUUCGUGUUUGCAGCCCAAGAACGAAUACGACACAACAGGGAGAACCAUGUACUUAAGAGCCUGCGAUAAACUAGGGAUUGUGCCAGCGUCCUACUUUGUGCGUCACAUGAUACAACCUGACAUGACCAUGAUGCAUCACGGCCUGGGUCCUGCAGGAAUCCACGCUAUUGCACUGGCAUUGGUGUACAACACCACCAUUACCAGCCUUAACAUUCGAGAUAACGGAAUAGGAGAUACUGGAGGGGAAACGAUAGCAAAAUUACUACGAGAAAAUUAUUAUAUAACUGAACUGGACAUAUCUGAGAACCAGAUAGAGCUUGGUGGAUGUUACGAGAUGGCGGAGACACUAAAAAUCAACGAUACUCUCACGAAACUUAGCAUGGCUGGGAACAACUUACAGGACAAGGAAGCCGAGAUUCUGUUACACGCUAUUAUGACUAAUUCAACCAUCACGUACCUUGAUUUAAGCAACAACAAACUCUCAAACAAGUCAUGUGAAUGGUUUGGGAAACUCUUAGAUGAAAACUGUACUAUCACAUUUAUUGAUUUGAGUUGGAAUCAUAUUCAGGUUGCGGGCGCACAGAUACUUGCCCGAGGUGUACGAGGUAACAUGAUGUUGAAGACGUUGAAGCUGGCAUGGAAUGGCAUCAUUGAUGAUGGUGCAACAGCCUUUGCUAAAGCUUUAAUAGACAACAGAGUAUUAACAGAACUAGACCUGGGUAGCAACAGAAUCACUGAUCAUGGUGCUAAAGCUUUGGUGCGGACACUUCUAGUUAAUAAUUCUCUAGAGAUUUUAAAUCUUGGAAAAAAUAACAUCCAAGAAGAUGGCGCAUGCGCUCUUCUCCGUGCAGUAAUGAACAGUUCAGAUUCAAAGAUUGCAAAGUUAGACCUGACCGGUGCGAGGAUUAACGACGAAUUUCAUCAAAUAUUAGAAGAGUUUGAAAACCAAGAGCGCAAUGUUACUAUAGUAACCGAUCAUGCCCCAGAAUCUCGACCAAGAUCAGAAACACCAGACCCGAGCACCCUUUUGAGAAACUAUCUAGCUAAGGAACACGUACGAAUAGUUGACUUGUUUAGGAAGCUAGACCGCGAUCAGAGUAUGCAGGUUAGUGUCCGGGAAUUCGUGGAGGGUCUGAGGAACUCUGAUGUUGGGCUCACUACAUUCGAAGUCGAGAAAAUGAUUGAAGCUUUAGAUGUGGACGAUGAUGGUGAGAUUGAUUAUAGUGAGUUUGUGUCGAUACAAGGAAUGUGGCAAAAACCAGAAACGAAGCACAAAAAUGAUCGGAGAAUGUCUAAAAAAGUUUAGAAGCAAAACAGGUGCCUAAUGUAGCUAAUAGUUUAAUAGUUUUGCACCAUUAAGGGCCAAAUGCAAAGGAAUAAUAUGGUGUCAAUGCAAAGUAUACACUUGUUCACUUCAUAGUGAAUGGAGCGGAGCAGAAUGGUUUGGAAACUCCAUAAAACAAAGCUAUUGUUUUGCGUUUGAUGUUGAAACGUACCAUCACGUGAUACUGACCCUGCACUAUGGACCAAAGCAAGUAUGGCUGAAAAUACU